CACAACCCUCCCUUCCAGUUGGCCCAGCGCGGCCAGCCGGAGUUUGCAGAGAGGUAACUCCCUUUGGCUACAAACUGGCGAGCUAGCUGCACGUUGCAAAGACGGCUCUGGGAAGCCAGGCGAUCGGGGAGCCGCUUCAGCACUGAAGCCGGGACCUGGUUAGUUAGGAAGCACGCGGGUCUGGCCCCCAGGUUCCCCUCGUUCCCUCUCCACCUCCCCCUGCCCCUCCCUGUACCCCGCCAGUUUCCAAGGCCAGAGAUCAAAGGAUAAAAAGACAGUCACGGCUUUAGUAGCCAAAACAACAACAACCAACCGCAAAACAAACCAAAACCAAAAACCAAACCAAACCAAAAAGACCAUAACUGGGUCCCUAUUUGCACCUGUUUCAGGGGACACUGAACUUGAAGGCAGAGGGUUUUCCUUUUUUCUUUUUCCCCUUCAAGAUUUGAGCAUCUUUUGAAUCUACCCUCCAAAGUAUUUAGGAACAGACUGUGAGCCUAGCAGGGCAGAUCGUGUCCAGCGCGUGUUUUCCUCUGCAAGAGACUUUGAGACUGUCAGAGCGCUUUCGUGUGGUUAUUUCUGCAAGUUUCCUCCCCAGGAGCUUCCCGCAGGUGGGCAGCUAGCUGCAAGGACUACCGCAUCACAGCCUGUUGAACUCUUCUCAGCAAAAGAAGGGGAGGCUGGAUAAAGGAAUUAGGUGGAAGAUUCAGCCAAGCUCCAGGAUGGAGGUGCAGUUAGGGCUGGGGAGGGUCUACCCCCGGCCACCGUCCAAGACCUAUCGAGGAGCUUUCCAGAAUCUGUUCCAGAGUGUGCGCGAAGUGAUCCAGAACCCGGGCCCCCGGCACCCUGAAGCCGCGAGCGCAGCACCUCCCGGCGCCCAUUUGCAGCAGCAACAGGAGACCAGUCCCAGGCAGCAGCAGCAGCAGGGUGAGGAUGGCUCACCUCAAACCCAGAGCAGAGGCCCCACAGGCUACCUGGCCCUGGAGGAGGAACAGCAGCCUUCACAACAGCCCUCAGCCCCCGAGGGCCACCCGGAGAGCGGUUGCGUCCCAGAGGCCAGAGCCGCCUUGGCCGCCAGCAAGGGGCUGCAGCAGCAGCCACCAGCACCUCCGGACGAGGAUGACUCAGCUGCCCCAUCCACGUUGUCCCUGCUGGGCCCCACUUUCCCAGGCUUAAGCAGCUGCUCCGCCGAUCUUAAAGACAUACUGAGCGAAGCCGGUACCAUGCAACUCCUUCAGCAGCAGCAGCAGCAGCAGCAGCAGGAGGAGGUAGUAUCAGAAGGCAGCAGCAGCGGGAGAGCGAGGGAGGCAGCCGGGGCUCCCACCUGCUCCAAGGACAGUUACCUAGGCUGCAGUUCGACCAUCUCGGACAGUGCCAAAGAGUUGUGUAAGGCAGUGUCCGUGUCUAUGGGCUUGGGUGUGGAGGCAUUGGAGCAUCUGAGCCCUGGAGAACAGCUUCGGGGAGAUUGCAUGUACGCCCCGCUCCUGGGAGGUCCACCCGCUGUGCGUCCCACUUCUUGCGCCCCGCGGGCGGAAUGCAAAGGUUCUCUGCUGGAUAAUGGCCCAGGCAAGGGCACCGAAGAGACUGCUGAAUAUUCCCCUUUCAAGGCAGGUUACGCCAAAGGGCUGGAUGGCGAGAGCCUGGGCUGCUCUGGAAGCGGCGAAGCCGGGGGCUCCGGAACGCUUGAGCUGCCAUCCACUCUGUCUCUCUACAAACCUGGAGCAGUAGACGAGGCAGCAGUUUAUCAGAGUCGCGACUACUAUAACUUUCCGCUAGCCCUGCCCGGGCCGCCGCCCCCUGCGCCGCCUCCCCAUCCUCACGCCCGCAUCAAGCUGGAGAACCCGCUGGACUAUGGCAGUGCCUGGGCCGCGGCGGCGCAAUGCCGCUAUGGGGACUUGGCGGGCCUGCACGGCGGGGGUGCAGCGGGACCGGGCUCAGGCUCACCCUCAGCCGCUGCCUCCUCUUCCUGGCACACUCUCUUCACAGCGGAAGAAGGCCAGCUGUAUGGGCCCUGUAGCGGGGGCGGGGGUGGCAGCGCAGGCGAGGCAGGUACUGUAGCCCCCUAUGGCUACACUCGGCCACCUCAGGGGCUGGCUGGCCAGGAAGGCGACUUCCCCCCACCCGAUGUGUGGUAUCCCGGCGGCAUGGGGAGCAGAGUGCCCUAUCCAAGUCCCAGUUGUGUCAAAAGCGAGAUGGGUCCCUGGAUGGAGAGCUACUCCGGACCUUACGGGGACAUGCGUUUGGAGACUGCCAGGGAUCAUGUUCUGCCCAUUGACUAUUACUUUCCACCCCAGAAGACCUGCCUGAUCUGUGGGGACGAAGCUUCUGGCUGUCACUAUGGAGCUCUCACUUGUGGAAGCUGCAAAGUCUUCUUUAAAAGAGCCGCUGAAGGGAAACAGAAGUACCUAUGUGCCAGCAGAAAUGAUUGCACCAUCGAUAAAUUCCGAAGGAAAAAUUGUCCAUCUUGUCGCCUCCGGAAAUGCUAUGAAGCAGGGAUGACUCUGGGAGCCCGGAAGUUAAAGAAACUUGGUAAUCUGAAACUACAGGAGGAAGGGGAGGCUUCCAGCGCCACCAGCCCCACUGAGGAGCCAACCCAGAAGCUGACGGUGUCACACAUUGAAGGCUAUGAGUGUCAGCCCAUCUUUCUGAAUGUCCUGGAAGCCAUUGAGCCUGGCGUGGUGUGUGCUGGACAUGACAACAACCAGCCGGACUCCUUUGCAGCCUUGCUCUCUAGCCUCAAUGAAUUGGGUGAAAGACAGCUUGUACAUGUGGUCAAGUGGGCCAAGGCCUUGCCUGGCUUCCGCAACUUGCACGUGGACGACCAGAUGGCAGUCAUUCAGUACUCCUGGAUGGGGCUUAUGGUGUUUGCCAUGGGCUGGCGGUCCUUCACCAAUGUCAACUCCAGGAUGCUCUACUUCGCCCCUGACCUGGUUUUCAAUGAGUACCGCAUGCACAAGUCCCGGAUGUACAGCCAAUGUGUCCGAAUGAGGCAUCUCUCUCAAGAAUUUGGAUGGCUCCAAAUCACCCCCCAAGAAUUCCUGUGCAUGAAGGCACUGCUGCUCUUCAGCAUUAUUCCAGUGGAUGGGCUGAAAAAUCAAAAAUUCUUUGAUGAACUUCGAAUGAACUACAUCAAGGAACUUGAUCGUAUCAUUGCGUGCAAGAGAAAAAAUCCCACAUCCUGCUCAAGGCGCUUCUACCAACUCACCAAGCUCCUGGACUCUGUGCAGCCUAUUGCACGAGAGCUGCAUCAGUUCACUUUUGACCUGCUAAUCAAGUCCCACAUGGUGAGCGUGGACUUUCCAGAAAUGAUGGCAGAGAUCAUCUCUGUGCAAGUGCCCAAGAUCCUUUCUGGAAAAGUCAAGCCCAUCUAUUUCCACACGCAGUGAACCUUUGGAAACCCCCAUUUCCUCACCUCACCCUACUCCUCUUUUCAGAUAUCUUCUGCCUGUUAUAACUCUGCACUACUUCUCUGCAGUGCCUUGGGGAAUUUCCUCUAUUGAUGUACAGUCUGUCAUGAAGAUGUUCCUGAGUUCUAUUUGCUGGGCUUUUUCUCUUUUCCUCCUUUCUUUUUUUUCCCUCCCUCUCUGACCGUCCCAUGGCACUUUCAGACUCUGCUCCCUGCCACGACUCUUAUCGGUGUUUUGAAUGGUGUUGUAUUCCUUUAAAUCUGUGAUGAUCCUCAUGUAGCCCAGUGUCAAGUUGUGCUUGUUUAUAACACUGCGCUAUGUGCCAGCCACACAAACAUUUACUUACCUAAUGCCACGGGAAGUUUAGAGAGCUCAGAGUAUCUGGGAAAACAAAAACAAAAACCUUGCUAGGGUUUUUUCCUCUUAAAAAAUAUAAAAACAAACAGAAAUCCUCAAAGAGGCCAACAGUGACUAGAAUAAGGUGAAAAUUGCAAGCCCAUGGGGAGUCACUGCUUUUUUUCCCAAAUCCUCCCUCUCUGGGAGACUUUUAUUUUUUGCCAAUGGCUAUUGCCAUUAGAGGGCAGGGUGAACCCAGAGCUGAGUUGAGGCAGAGGGCAGAUUUAAGAGAGAAUAAAGAGGACAGAUGGAUCACCAGUACCUGCCCACAGCCUUGGCUCCUGAAGUCUAGUCUGGUCAACUGCAGUGCAAUUCGUUGUACUGAAAAUGUGCUUCUUGUUUGAAGACUUGUCUGCAUGUGAACGCCUCCCCCCAAUCCCUUUUCUCUCUCACCCUCUGUCUCCACCCUCAAAUUGACUUUCCAUAGCUUUUCUAGGAGCUUUGAACCAAAUAUUCUUUUUAGCCAAAACUUGGCCACUUCCAACGAAGACUAAGAUGAGUGAGAAGGAGAGAAAAGAUCUGCCCCUUUGAAAGGCCCCAUCCAGAUCCAGGUCUGCUUUCCCAUUUGUGGGCUAAGCAGGAGCUUGGGGCUGGAGUCAGAGGAAAAGGAAGUGGUAGCUUGGCUGUUAUCCUGCUUAGGACAAUGAAGAUUUUAUCCCUCUUUGCCUCCACCUUUAAAAGACCUCAAUGUUUUCUGCCUGAUUCCAUGCAGCUGCAAGCUCCUGCACCCUCCCUUCAGUGUUCUGUGGGCCUGAACUUCACCAGACUGCAUUACAGCCAUGGUGGUGAAGCAUGUCCACUUCUUUUGGCAUGUUCACAGACUCUCUGCUAAGAGCCCCAACCACCAAGAAGGCUAGCAAGCCAGCAGUCUUGACAACUAUCUCUAGAUGCCAGUAGGCUCAGAGACUUCUUACCAGUAUCUCUCAUCAACCAUCAGAUCUCUGGAGCCCUUAGACAAACUGGAAAGAAGGCAUUAAUGGAAUUGGACAAGCUGAGCGUCUUGCCCUUGUCCCUCAGAGAUGAUAACGUCCCACCAAGUGGAAAAAUGCCCACUUCCUCCUUCAGAGCAGCUAAAGGGGCUACCCAGAUCAGGGUUGAAGAGAAAACUCAAUUAGCAGGGUGGGAAGAAUGAAAGCACUAGAACCAGAAACUCUGUAAAUGCUCUCCUUACCACUCAGCAUAUCCACUUACAAAAGUCAUGGGAAGAAGAGAGAAGAAACCAAGAGGAGACUCAGACUACUAAAGUCAAGUCUUCAGAGGCAAAAUCUAAAGCCAGAUGGGCACCAUCUGGUGAGUUUACUCAUCCUCCUCCUCUGUUGCUGAUUCUGGGCUCUGACAUUGGCCAUAUUCACUCAGACUUCCCACCUUCAUUGCUGCCUCUCAGUCAGAGGGAGGCUGAAACAUUGAGACUACAGAACUUUGGCCUCCUCUGGAAAGGUUUGGUUGUUGUCACUCUGUUGGGCUGCCACCUAUGAACUCAGGGUGUGUUCCUGGGACACUGGUUUCAAAUAGUCCUUUGGCACACCUCUGUUCUAUCAACUUUGUCCCCUAAUCCCCAGUGCAGGGGGAAUGUCUACCAACUUUCUCAUCAUGGACAUUGCCUUCUCACUUAGCUCUUAAAUUCAUCUGCUAAACUAAGAAAUUAGGGGCCGGUCACCAAGCUGCCCAUUUCAGUUGGUUCACUCUACUUGUUGAAAAGAUAGUUUCAGAGUGACAUGAUAUGAUCUACAUGAGUUUCCUCCCCUGAUUUCUGUGCUGAUAUUAAUAGCCAAAUGAACUUGCAAAACAGCUGCUUUAAAUAACAAGGGAGGGGGAACCUAAGAUGGGUAAUAUACCAAUCCAAGAUUGCUGGACAAAACUAAAGCUGACAGGCUUUCUUUCUGGGAUAGAAUAGAGAAAUUCUGCUUUUCUUUGUUAUGACACCACUUGGCUUAUGUAAGCUCACAAGAUCACUUUUAGCUGUUUUAAACAGAAAAAAUCCACCAUUCUUUUCAGUUAAACUAGGUUACAUUUUAUUAGUUUCUUUACAUCUGUUUUGAAAUGAUUUUCAUCUUUUGUGGUACAUGGAUUUGAUUAAGUCAUUCUAAUACCUCUCCUUGUAAAUACUAGAGGCUCUCUUUACCAUUUCUCUGACUAUCAGAUUUUUCAUCUUUAUGGAUUUCCCAAUCGUGACUCUUGUCUUUAUGAAUAUAUAUGUUUUUCAUUUGUGAAAGCCAAAAAUCAGUGAAACUGCAGUGUAAUUAAAAGCAGCAACAGCUGUAUUACUCCAGAUUUCCAAACGGCAAGACUAGGGGAAAAUGGCCUAAACAAGGCUUUAGGCCUACUGUUUUUACACUGAGGUUUCAGUGAGCAAAGGAGAUUUUAGCUUGGCUUUGUUCUCCCACAGAUGAAGGGGGGAUUUUUUUUUUCUUUUGGCCAUUGAUGUUCUAGCCAGUGUAAUUAACAAAAGUCUCAUUUUGCACGCACUCUGCUCUACAAACAGAGUGGAUGUGGUUGGUACACUGUGCUCACCCAUGAAGGAUCGGCCAUCCAGACCUACUCACAUGGUGAGCUGGAAGAUGAAGAUCACUCACCAGACAACUCACAGGGACUAUCUCCAAAGAGAUGUGCAGUGCUUGAUGGGGACAGAGAAUGAAGAGGAGAAAAAGAAAGAGCACCAAGGAGGAGGCCCCGUCUGUGCUGGGCAGCAGACAGCUGCCAAGGUCACAAACUUUGUGGCCAAAGAAAAGAGUCGUGUGGCAGUUUCAGCUCUUGUUCAUUGGGCAGCUCACCCAGACUUGGCCUCUGAGCUGAAAUGGGGGUUGGGUUCUUUGUUCCACAGCUUUUCUAUGCCACAGACAGUGUCAUGUUCUUGGAGAAUUCAUUUUUUUUUAAUAAGAAAGUGAUUUUUUGAAGGAUUCUGUCAUAUCUCUUUGAAAAAGAAAAUCAGUAAUACAUAUAUUUUUAUAUAUGUUAACUGGUACUAAAAAAGAGAAAAAAUGCUUCACUCUGUCCUUUGGGUAGUUGCUGAGGUGAUUGUCCAGGUUGAGAAAUAAUGUACUGAUGCUAGAGUCCUUCUCUGUCCAUAUUCUACUUCUAAAUGCAUAUAUGCAUAUAUAGCAAGAAGUAUUCUAUUUGUACUUUAAGAGAAUAUAAGGUCCAGCAUCCACAUGAUACUCACACUACACAAAUUACUUAACUUUCAGCUUCAAGUAGUUUCUAAGUGUUUCAUUAGGCACAGCACAGACAUGGCCUUGCCCUCUUUUCUCCCUUGAUAUUUGACAGGGCGCAAAAGCCCAAGCCGUGCCCUCUACCCGUUCCCAGCCCCGUGCCAGGGUUGCACUUCAUGAGACUUUCUCCAGAUAGCCCACUAACUGUCCCUGCAUGGUCCCUGCAUGACUCUGUGAAAACAAGAGGCUAACUACUAGUUAUCCUGUGCCAGGAGCCCAGGUGAGAGGGCAGUGGGCCAAGUGCUUGACCCCCUGUAGGGGGUCAUGGGAACCAGGGACGGUAAAGCACAGGAUCAAAUCCCAAACUUAAAGUCAAAAUAAGCCAUUUAGCAUAUGCAAUUUCUUGUAAAACGAAGUCUCUACCCCUGUUGCCUUUUAUAGGCAGGUCUGUUCUCACCACUAAUCUCUCUGAAAAUCUUUGAAAGCAGUUUAAAAAAAAGACAAAGAGAUGAAAGCACCACAUUAUGUAACCAAAGAUUACACUGUAUCUGCUAAGAUACCAAAUUUUUUAAGGGCAGGGAGGGAACAAGCAUUAGUGCCUCUUGGGUAAGGUAUCCAAAGACAGACUAAAGGAGUUUGCUGGUGACUGACUUAUAAGAGUUUUGUGGGGUUUUUCCCCAACAAUAUACAUAUUU